AUGUCACAAGCUAUCGAAAAUUGUCCUGAACCAAACAUCGAAAAUGACCUAGAAAAUAAAGAGUCUUUGUCUAGUCAAGACAGUCGCGACAGUCUCUAUGACAACUAUGGCCUCGAGAAGCCUGAAAAUCUCAUCGAAUACGAAAAUGCCAUGGAUGAAGUUUCUAUCAAACUCUCCAAAGCCAACGAAUACGUUGAAUCUCUAAAGCAGAAAAAACUCCUCCAUCAAAAAGAACUUGAAAAGUAUCCUUUUUUUUUAAUUAAUUCUAUUAUUUUCUAAUAAAUAUCAUCAAUAUAAUGAAAAUCAUUAUAAAAUUUAUUCAGUCUUGAGCAAGAAAGUGAAUCAUUUUUAUCUGAAAAUGAAUCAGCCAAACAAAAAAUCGAAGCCAUGGAAAAAGAUAUCAACCAGCUUCAGUCCUCACAAAAGCGCACUGCAAGCACCCAUGCUUCUGCCAGCAUUUCAGAGCAGAAUUUUUCUAUAGUAAGCAAUGAUAGUUCAAAAAGCGAGUCCAAUACAGUCCAAGCUUUAAAAGCCCAAAUUGCAGAAUUGAAAAAAGUUUUUCAGAACCAAGAACAAGCCUUGCAAAAAUUUCAGCAUAUUGUGCAUGAAGCCAAUGAGGACAAUGAAGAAUUUAAUAACUUUUUACUCCCCCCCCUCCGUGAGUGAACAAAAAAAUUUUGUUCACUCACGGAGGGGGGUUAAUUUUUUUUUUUUUAAAAAAAUUUACAUAUAAAUUUUAUAAAAAAUUUUUUUUUUCGAAAUUAAAAAAAAUCUAAUUCGCAAAAAUUUGAAAGCAAAUAUUAAUUUAAUUUAUAAAAUUUAUGUUUUAAAAAGCAAUUCGUUUAAAAAUUAAACAGAAUUAGCUCUAGAUUUCAUUAUAAUAAUUAUCAUUUAUAUAUCAAAUAUUUUUUCCAUAAAAUUUUUUUUCUAUUAAAAAAAUUUUUUGUUCACUCACGGAGGGUGGGUUUUUGGGCAAAAAAUAGGGAUUUUUCUAAUGGUUUUGCUCACUCACGGAGGGGGGGGAGUUAGGAGAUUUCGAAAAUGACAGGAGCAAGAUGUCAUUUAUGAUCAACUCUUUUGCAUUGAGAAAAAGCAUGUUUGUGGAUGGGCCUUCCAUUAUACCGAUGUCACCAGUACUAAAAGCUGAUGAUGAUUCUUCGCUGUUUGCAAGCAGUUUGCUGGGGAUUGAGUCAGAUUCAGAGCUGGUGGAUGAGGAUGGGACGAAUAAUAUUUUGAUUAACUUAAGUGAUGAGGAAGAGGAAGUUGUGAGGAGGCCAAAGAAAGCGGAAACUCCUGUUAAAAUUUUUAAGAGGGAAAGGCAUAUAAGAAGACCGAGAACAUUGAGUGAAAAAAUGAUGUUCAAGUCGCAUCUCUGCUUAUUCCACAUAUAG